UCUCAGGCCACGAGUGCGCACGGGAGGUGGUGAUUAAGCCUGUCAAUAAACAAGCCGUUCACUCCCAUCUUACUCUUAAAGUGAGAGUUUUUAGAAGCGGUCCGUGUGUGUGUGUGUGUACUUCUUUAAAAAAAGUUGUUUUUUUUUGUGCGGUGGAAACUUUUUUUCUCAUUGGGGACGACUCUGUCUUCCUGGGACUCGAGAUCGAAUGGCGGCAGCCGCUACGGGGAGCGGUAGCAUCACCAGCCGCAUUAAGAACCUACUCCGCUCACCGCCUGCCAUCAACCUCCGGAGAUCCCGAGCGACGGCCAAGGCGGGCACUGAGCGGAUUACUCUGGACAAAGUAAUUGGAAUUACAGCUUCCAGCAGCAGUAGUUUAGCCUGUGAUUUAACCACAGGAGUAGUGGCAUAUCCGGCAGGGUGUGUGGUGGUGUUAUGUAACCCCAAAAAAAAUAAGCAGACUCAUAUUCUCAAUGCCUCCAGGAAAGCAGUCAGUGCUUUGGCAUUCUCACCUGAUGGAAAAUACCUUGUUACUGGGGAAAGUGGACAUAUGCCUGCUGUGCGUGUCUGGGAUGUGUCUGACAAAGUGCAAGUGGCUGAAUUACAGUGCCACAAGUAUGGAGUGUCAUGUGUAUCUUUUUCUCCCAACAUGAAGUAUAUUGUAUCGGUGGGCUACCAGCAUGAUAAACUUGUGAAUGUUUGGGAUUGGAAGAAAAACUCCAUUGUGGCAUCUAAUAAAGUUUCCAGUAAAGUUACAGCUGUUUCCUUCUCUGAAGACAGCAGUUUCUUUGUUACAACUGGCAACAGGCAUGUCAAGUUUUGGUAUUUAAAUGAAUCCAAAGCCUGCAAGGCAAAUAUUACUGUUCCCUUAAUAGGAAGGUCUGCAUUGCUGGGUGAGUUGCACAACAACAUUUUCUCUGGAGUGGCAUGUGGUAAAGGCAAGAUGACAGGAAGCAUCUUCUGUAUUACCAGCUCUGGCCUUCUCUGUCAGUUCAAUGGGAAAAGGCUACUUGAUAAGUGGUUGGAUUUGAAGACUUCAGCAGCGAACUGCAUUUCUGCAACUGAAGACUUCAUUUUUUGUGGCUGUGCCAAUGGAACGUUGAAGUUAUUUAACUCUGUUAACCUCCAGUUUGUCACCAAUCUGCCCAAACCUCACUAUCUCGGUGUGGAUGUGGCUGCUGGAAUUGAGCCAAGCCAUUUAGUCUGCAAGAAGACAGAUGCCCUGUAUCCUGACACUAUUGCUGUGGCCUUUGACCCUUCCAAUCGGUGGUUGUCAUGUGUAUAUAGUGAUCAUAGCCUGUAUGUCUGGGACACAAAAGACGUUAAGAAAUUUGGGAAGGUUUACUCUGCAUUGUAUCAUAGUUCCAGUGUGUGGAGCGUAGAGGUUUAUCCAGAAUUGGAAAAUAGUAGUCAAGCUUGCUUGCCCUCUGCGUCUUUCCUAACUUGCUCAUCGGAUAAUACCAUAAGAUUAUGGAAUGUUGAUGCAGCCUCUGGAUUUCAGUUCACUUCGUUCCACAAGAAUAUUUAUAGUAUGGAUUUAAUUAAAGUUGUGUACGUUGGUGACAAUAUCCAAUAUCUCCAAGAUACAACAAGCAACCCCGAUCGAACUGAGAAUGGAGGACCCUCCGAUAUAAAGUCAGGAAUUAGAGUCAUAACCAUCAGCCCUGAUGGGCAUCACCUCGCUUCUGGAGAUAGGAUGGGGACCCUGAGAAUCUUUGACCUGCAGUUCUUGGAUGAACUGAUGAAAGUUGAAGCUCAUGAUUCUGAGAUUCUAUGUCUGGAGUAUUCUAAGCCAGAAACAGGAAUGAAUCUGUUGGCGACAGCAAGUAGAGACCGCUUGAUUCAUAUACUGAAUGUGGACAAGCAAUACAGCCUGGUGCAGACGCUGGAUGAUCAUUCCUCAUCUAUUACUGCUGUGAAAUUUGCAGCAAACGAUAAUGUCAAAAUGGUUAGCUGUGGUGUUGAUAAAAGUAUCUAUUUCCGUACGGCACAAAAGUCCGUUGAUGGAAUUCAGUUUACACGAACUCACCAUGUAGUUGGAAAAACAUCAUUAUACGACAUGGAUAUUGAUAUCAUGCGGAAAUAUGUAGCUAUUGGCUGCCAGGACAGAAAUAUUAGGGUUUUUACCAUCGGCAGUGGGAAACAAAAGAAAUGUUUCAAAGGUUCACAGAGUGAAGAUGGAAUCCUGCUCAAAGUUCAGAUGGAUCCCUCUGGAACAUUUGUAGCCACUAGUUGUUCAGACAAAAAUAUUUCCAUCUUUGACUUCUACACUGGGGAAUGUGUAGCCAGCAUGUUUGGCCAUUCAGAAAUUGUAACUGGCAUGAAAUUUACAAAUGAUUGCAAGUAUCUCAUCACAGUCUCUGGAGACAGUUGCAUAUUCAUAUGGCGCUUGGACACUCAAUUGACAAAUUGUAUGAGACAUCGUCUUUCUGAAAUUAAACAGAUUGCUAAAAAGGAUAAGACUCCACCAACCAAGAUAUCUGCACCAAUCAGGAGAGAGACUUUUAUGGUGCAAAAGGUAGCUUCAGAGGAUCAGGAAGAUGAUACAAGUGAGGAUGAUGUGGAGGAUGUGUCUUUCCAAACACCUUUAAGAGAGCCCAUGGACCAAGAUAAGACUGAAGAUGCUGUGCUCCUGAAGACAAAUGGGAAGCUUCCACUGUGGGCAAAAAGACUGGAGGCAGGUGAUGGAUGUGUGCAGGACAGACCUGGAAAUAGCACCGUGGAAGCGUUCCAGCCACGAGGAAGAUGGGCUGAAAGAAUGGACAAAGAUCUCAUUCACUCCAUCUUGGGAAGGAAGCAGUUAGAGGAAUACUGUGCAACCCCAACUCCAGGCAGCUUGUCAAUAGCACAGGGACUGCUAAGCAGCCAUUUUAAGGAACAGGACAAGUUUGGACCACGAAACCUGGAUAGCUUCCUUGAGAUGAUGGAGUUAUCCCCCAGCCUUUUGACAAAAGAGUCUAUGGGAAGGCCAAGCUCUGUUUGCUUGGAUGCAGACAGUACAUUUUCCCGCGAAGUGGAUACUGUGGAAAUGGAGCUAAGUGCACCAAUGUUUUACCCAGUGCAAAAUGAGCAUUCUACCAGCACAGAGAAUGUUUAUCAAGUAAAAGAGCCUCCAAAGAAGGUACUGGAGAGUGAAUCUGAAUGGGAAAUUGUACGUUCAGUGGAGAACAGUCCUGACAGUGCCUACUCAAUGGAUUCAGGCAGCAAUGCCAGCAAUGAACAGCAACAGGAUGAUUCUGAUUCUGUGGGCCAGCUCAGUUCUGAUGGUCAUUCUUCUGGAUUGGAAGAAGAGGAGGAGCAAUGCUGUGCAGUUCCACAGGAGUCGCAUGUAGUAAAAACACCAGACCAGGAAAAGUUUCUCAAGCACAACUUUGAAACCUUGGCUAAUGAAUUUUCUCAUGAGAAAUUUGAGGAAACACUGAACGAUUUACAGUCAAAUGCAGAAAAUGAAAGCAAUUUCUUCCUGAAUCCUCGUUUGAGUAUCUCCGCAAGAUUUCUGUCCCGCUGCCAGAAAAACAGCAGAAUGACAGCAGCCUUCCCUCCUAAAGUCCAGCAGAAGUUACAGCACCUACCAGAUGCAAGUUGCAAGUCCUUGCAAUUGCAUGCUGAAAUUAACCCUUUUAUAGACGGUCAUGGAUCGGAGUUGGAGUCAUCUUUCGAUGGGAUAAAACACCUUAGGAAUGAAGAGAUGAAUCAAACUGUAGAGAGAGAAUAUAUUAGAAGUGAAUGGGAUAUAGAAUCAAUGAGUUCAAGUGCUGAGAAAUCUCUUGCUUUGGAGGUGAAAGAUACAGCGCCAAAUAAUGGAAGAAGCCACUUCUGUAAACGGUCAGCCUCAGUAAUUGACCUGGUACAAGGAGAAGAACGGGCAUCAUCUGAUUCAUUCAUAGCAGCAGCUCAGUCCAGUCUGCAGAAUGUGCAUGUGAGUGAGGCAACCAAACAAAGACACUCACUGUGUAGUAAAAUGGACAUGCUUGCUGCAACACUCAGUAAAGAGAUGUCUAAGAACAAACUUGGCAAACCUCGCUCCUACAUGCACCCAACUGCCAGUUUCAAGGCUAAAAUGUCACGAAGCGCAUCAAUGGGAGAAAACCUGCAUUUGAAAGCCUUAGGACAGUCCAGAGGUACGAGUUUGCCCAAUUCCAGAGCGGUGUCAACUGUAGAUUUAACAGAGUCAAUGAAAGGCUCCACUUCAAGUGAAGAUAAUCCGAAUGAAAACUUUAAAGAAAAGAAUCCACCAAAAGAGACAUUACAGACAUUGUCUUAUGGAAACCAUCAAGCUAGAGCUAACUUGACAUUGAACCUUUCCAAAAUACACACUGACAGACUGCUAAUGCCUCCUCCAAUAGCUAAUGGUUUUGCUGUAACAAAGGUCAAACAAAAGCUGCGUGCUGGUCAGGAUUCUACACGGCUAUCCACCUCAGCAGUCACACCCACACAGCCAGCAAGCUUGGCUAAAACUGAUCAAAGCAUUUGUGAAAAACACGAGGAGAAUGGGAGUAUCCCAAACAUGAACUCCUUUACUAUUCUAAAGAAAGCUACUGGUAAUUUAGAGCACUGUAACAGUUCUUCAGAUGGCACUGAGCACACUUUGGAAAAAUUUCACUCAUGCAAUUCAAUUCCUUUACAACCGCAGCAUGACAGCAUCAGUCCCAACAGAGAUGCUGUAAGCAGUAAUUCCAUAACUAUCCCAGAAGGAAAUGGCUUUCAGAUGGAUGUUGCUGCAUCGCUCAGAGGGAACACGGGGAUUGAAGAGAAACCUAUCAAUGAAGCAGAUCUCGCAGUCAGCGUCGAGAACUGUGAGUAUGUUGUUACAGAACUUCAGGACACUUUGCAGAAGGCCUUACAGCUGUACAACAAGGUGCUUUCCAGUGAAGAUACACCAGAGCUCAAGUCCAAGAUGAUGGCCAUUUUCUGUGAUGCAUUUUCCUCUGCGAGGAAGCAUUUGAACUCCAUAGAAUGUUUGCCAAUUUCUCUCUUUACCCCAGAAGCUCCAGAGAAUGACAAGGUGACAGCUUUGCUAGAGCACUAUUCAGAAAUGUUGAUAAAAAUGGUGGCACAAAAUCUGCAGUUGCAACAUUGAAACAAUACAUUUGCAGAGCAAGAAGGGAAUGUUUAAAUGUAACUUUGUCCACGAAAUAGUGCAGCAUUCUAUUUAGUGUUUUCUUUAGUGAAAGAGCUGUAAUCAAUAUUACCAGAAUUAUAGUCACCAGUUUAUUUGAAUGUUACGAAUUUUGCAGUAUUAUAUGAUGUCCCUCCAUUUUUGUAUGUACAUUGUUAUCUGUGCAUUGAUUUUCUUAAA